AUGACGCCGCUGACAGAGGGCGACGAUGGCCCGACCGUCGCCCGAGGACCCCGCAGGGCUUGCGCGUUCCUGCCGUCGCCUCGGCUGCGAGCAGCGGGCCUGCCCGCGGAACUGACUGGGGAACGGCGCAGGCGGCUGCUUCGUGACAUCGAGGCGGCGAUCGACGCGCUGAACUGGAUGCGUGGCAGCGCUUGCCGCCCGAUCCCGCGGAGGAUCUCGGCGGCGACGGAGCGCAGCAAUUUGGUCCUUCAAGUCGAUGUGCGGCAGCGCGCGGUCCAGGCGGCAGCCCGCUGGAGCGACGUUAACAGCGCCGGCAGCGAGCGGGGGUUUCUGGCCAGGCACUUGCAGGGGCGAUCCGGCCAUGCGCCUUCGCCUCCAUGUAGCGUCGGGUCCUACGAGUACUCGAAGGCGUCGCUGCCGGGUGACCUCCGCGACGCGCCGGCUUUCGCUCGCGAGCCCGCCUGCGUCUUGGGCGCGUGCUCUGUCGCCGAGCCCCCGGGCGUCUCUCUCCUGAGCGGCGAGGGGCUCGCUGGGGGCCUGCCCCUCCACCUCGGCGUCGGCGACGCGGCGGGCUGCUUUCGCGGGGUGAGGUUGACGAAGACCUCCGGCGGCGACGUCCGCCGUUAUUUUCGCCGGCCGCCGCUGGCGGCCAGGCAUGCUGGCAUCGGCGAGCUCGACGGCGUCGGGCUGGGGCCGGGCGAGAAGGUCUGGCUCAUGUGCGCCAGCCUGCCCCAGGCGGGCCGCUGCGCGUGCGUGGACAACGCUAGCGCGCUGUCCUUCGACGGCGGCCUCGCCCGCCAGGCCCUGGGCGAGGCUCAGCGGAACUUCGACCACGACGCGCUGCGCUGCCACGUGGUGGCGGCCCUCGCACGGCUGGGUUUGCUUGGCUGGCACCUGGGCGGCGACAGUCGCGACGCCCGCCCCGGCAUCCGGCGCAUCGGCUUGACGCGCCAGGGCGCCCGCGGCCUCCUGCGUCUCAGGCAGGCCGCCGGCUGCAGGUCGAGGGGCGACGCUCGCCCACGUCGCCUUCUUCUCGUCGCGCUCAUAGGGGCGAUGGUGUUCGUCGAGGCCGACUGCGAGCAGCCCUGGACGCUGCGCGUCUACGCCAGCGAAGCCAGCCUGCGCGGCUUCGGGAUGUCGCAGCCCCUCUGGGAGGUCGAAGACGCGGCGGCGGCGGGGCGCCUGCCAGAGCUGAAUCGCCACCUGCUUGGUGGCACUCGUGGCGCCGGCAUCGAGGUCGAUCCUGAGAGCGGCGAGGCGGAGCGCGGCGUCGCGGGCCGCCCAGCGCGGCUCGACAGGAAGGCGCGCGAGAUCUUGGAGGCCGCGCGUUGGAAGCGCAUCGGUGUCUUUCCCGAGGUGCCCAGCGGCCUGCUGACGAGGGAUUGCUGGCGCGCCAUCCUUGCUGAUCGCUGGCCCCAUCCUGAUGACAUUCUGCGCCUGGAGGCCCGGGCGGUCGUCAAGGCGCUGUUGGACUGCCUCGGUGGCCAGGCCGACGACCGAGGCGGCCCCGGCUCGAGCUCGCGCCCUGGCGCUGGAGCGGGCCCUGAGCGAUCGCUUGCUGGCGCGCUCGGAGGCGGCGACCCCGAGGGGCCCGCGGGGCGGCGGGCCCGCGAGGGCGCCGAGGCCGCGGGCGCCAAGGAGAGCGACGACUCCUCGGACCGCGAGGAGAGAGCAGCCGCUGCGGCGCGUCGGCGGACCCCGGGCCAACGCGGGAAGGGCCGCGUGAGACAGGCCCUCGCCGCGCUGAUGGACGGCGGCCCGCUGUCCGCUCGCCAGGCGCCGUUGGAGGCGAGAGUUCUCGAACUGGAGCCGACCUCGGCCCUGGGCGACCCCGGGCAGCUCGACGCCGCGCGGGUGGCUUUCGCGAAUCGCGAGUUCGACGCGGGGGCGGUGCCAGGCGUGACCAUCGCGCUCGCGGUCUUUCCUGCCGCCGGCGCCCGGAGGGGCGUCGACCUAGGGGGGGGGGGCCUGAGGGGCAAGGCGGGAGAGAGCGACGACAGCACCCCGCUGGGCUCCCGCAGGUUCAGCUGGAUGGACAGCGUGUACCGGCGCCGCGCGGGGGCCAGCGCGGACCGCGCCGAGGGCCUCCGCGCCCAGGGGCAGGUGAUGAGACGGGGCCGCUGGCAAGCGAAGAGCGCCCGACGCUGCGAGUAA